AUGAAGACAAAAGCACACAACCAAAGCAAGUUCAUGCGAGUCGUUGCAAUCCCAGUAAGACUUUUGUGUAAAGCAAGGGACGUUUAUGUUAAAAGCAUAAUAGACUGCUCGACGAGGAUGGGUUAUGGCCACUCCAUGGCCUUGCCAACGGGACAAUACCCUCCCUUGCCCUGGAGCUUCAGUAUUGGCUCGUCAAGGUGCAACGACAAUGAAGAUUACAGAAAGCUUGUUAGAGCUGCUUCUGACAGGAGCUUAGGUCAAAGAAAUGAAAUUGAGAUGUUCAUACAGCAAUUGAGGCAGCAGCAAUCAUCGAUAAUGGUGGGAUCCAAAAUGUUUUUGCCAAAGAGUUGCGGUUUUGGAAUGGGUAUCAUGGGAAGGAUUGAUGGAGACAAACCAUGUGAUUUUGAAACAGGCGCAGGCGCCGUUGUAAAGCCACAGUUGGGGCCAAGAAGCAGAAGCUUUGCUGUUGGAAGGAAGGGUUAAUUAAUUGAAAUUCAUAAAAAAAAAAAAAAAAACAGAGAGAGAGAGGCUGCCUUCUGAUUUUUUGAGAGGGAUUCACCAUGGGGAGAGUUGAGUAAAGAGCCCUCCCUCGUGGUUAAUUUGGUUUAAUUAUUUCUGUUGUUCUUGGAUAAUGGUUGGGCUGUAAUGGAGCUUAGUUUGGGAAUCUUUAAUUUCUGUGCUUAAGGCGUUUGGGCUUUUGGAGUGUGAUAAUAUAUACUUAAUGAGAGCAUUUGCAUAUUUGGAUAUCAAAUGGAUUAAAUCCGAAUCCAUACUCAAGAAAUGAUGAAGAACAUCGUUGGCCCCAUUGUUUAUUUCCCCACCUUUUCCUCUCUGUUUUUUUCUUUAAUCCUUCAUUCGUCAAAAGAGAGAAGAGAAUUUGCAAGUUGCAAGUUAACAAACUACAUUUAGGAUGCGUUUGGUUUAUGAUUUUUUUUUUUGUAAGUUAUUUUUCAUUCACAUCAAUUGUGGAGAUGAUAAUAAAAUUAUUAAAAUAUUAUUGAUA